ACCAGGUACAGCAACAAAAAUGACUGUCUCCUUAGUCAUACUGAGCCCUGCUACCAAGCUGACUGGGAUGAGCAGGUUUCUUCCCUAUCACAGCACAGUACAGCAGGAGACUCGGGCUCCACUGGACGGUGGCUCCACCAAGGAGACACACCAUCGUAUAGACGAGAGAAAAAGGAAUCGCCAAUAAGUCAGAUCUUGAGAAAAGAGACGCAACAGCGACGGUCGUAAUAAGACAACGUGAGGGUUAUCUAGAUAUAGAGCAAAUAGACUGACUCCACACACCAGAGUAUCAGGAUGAAAAUCCGCGUGAUGCAGAUCUGGGGCUUCCUGAUGACAGUGCUGGGUUGGAUCUUUGUGGCAUGCACCAUGGCCAUGGAGGGCUGGAAGGUCACGUCCAUCGGGGGCAUGGGUGGCUCGGCUGUCAUCAAGGUGGCCUGGUACUGGUCUAACCUGUGGAAGGCCUGCUUCACCGAUUCCACUUCUGUCACCAACUGCCAAGACUUCCCUGUGCUCUGGUCCGUGGACAACCACAUCCAGAUUGUGAGGGGCCUGCUGAUGGGUGCUCUGUCUGUGGGGAUGCUGGGGUUCGUACUCAGUCUCAUUGGGAUGGAGUGCACCUUCCUCGGGGGCAAGGACAAGGCGAAGCACAGGAAGCUCUUCACUGGAGGAGUCUGUCACAUCAUCAGUGGCUUUCUGGCUGCGUCGGGAUACGCUGUCUACGCAAAAUACGUCUCUGGGGAAUAUUUCAACCCCUAUUUGGACGGAUUAAAGUUUGACCUGGGGACUCCUCUGUUUCUUGGCUGGGUGGGAUCAGCUUUUCAUAUGACAGGGGGUUGGUUCUACUUGGUCUCUGUGUGCAAACUGCUCUGUGAGAACGAGAGCGAAACUAUAGUCAUCCCUGAACUUCCUGAGGUUGAGAGGGACCAGGCCAAGUCCACCACAGUACAGUCCCCAGGAUCCCAGAUCACCUCAACGAUCAAGGUUCCAUCUGCAUCUAAGAUUUCUUCAAAAUCUGCAGGCUCAGAUGUGUCUGCCAUCUCCUCAAGGUCUGGUCAAUCCGGUCGCGCGUCCAAAUUAGAGCGGUCUGGACGGUCCUCGAACUCCAGGCAGUCCUCGAAAUUUGGCAGUGGGUCUUUGACGUCUGGUCAUCCAUCGAGGUCUCAUGGGUCAGUGCACUCUGAGGUGAGCAGAGGCAGUAGUAGUACAGUGUCCUCUUUAUCCAGUGGGUCAAGAAGGAGCAAGAGAGAACCGUUUAUCAAAAACUCCUAUAUAUGAUCUGGUUCUGUUCAUACUAUGUGUGAUUGUGACUGGACCGAACUGAAGUAACAAUUGUAUAUACUGUGUAUGAUGAUUAGUGCUGUCAGAGUUAAUCCGUUAACUCAAGUUAACGUUUUUGAAUUUUAGUGAACUAAUGUUUUUGAAUUGCGAUUAAUCACAUUGUCUCUAAGCUUUCAAAAUACAGUGAAAACAUCCAAAGUACAUAAUUUAUACAGAUAAAAACAACAAUUCGAUGUCAAAACAAGUUGACAAGGAGGUUCAAUUAAGUGGACAACUUUGGACAACUCAAUUUGAGCAAAUUCUGAAUUUGAAUCACAACAAAUCCUUUGAUUAACUCAAUUAAAUGUUUGAAUCGUUUGACAGCCCAAUAAUGAUCCAAUUGUGAUUCUGUAUGUGGGGGAAAGUCUCUGUAUCCAAUGGCCUGUUUCCUGGGAAUGUUUCACUUUCAUCAAAUGAACUGCUUCAUCACAGUCAUUGUAUUGCUAUUGAUAAUGUCAUUAAAGCUGUUCUGCCUUUC